CCUCCCUCUCUCGAUCAGUAAACAGUCUCUCUCUCUCUCAGUCACACCGGGGCUGGAGCAGCAGUUAACCCGAGCAGGGAGCGCCUCAGUCCCGCCUGACCCUCCUGAAAGGAUGGGGGGUUCCAGCAGCAGCAGCAGCAGCAGCAGAAGCUGAGUUCGCAGGCACCGGAUCCGGGUUCGGGUUCGGGGCAGAGGGAGAACAACUACUCUGUGCUGACUUUUGUUGGAUUUAUUUUCUGGACCCGGACCACACCAACACCAACAUGCCGUUCGCCAAACGCGUCGUGGAGCCUCAGUUUCUGUGCCGACACCACAUACCGAACUCGGACGGUCUGCUCUUCGAGGACCUGGUGUGUACCAGUCAUGUGUCUCUGUCCCGGACUCUGCGCCAGCUGUCGGACCUGGCCAAACACGCGUGCUCCAUAUUCCAGGAGCUGGAGGGCGACCUCGCCUCCACCAGCCUGCGGGUCCGCGGGCUGCAGAGGAAGAUCGGCCGGCUCCAGGAGACCUGCUCCGGACUGGACCCUAAACAGGAGCCAGUGCCGGUGUCAAACCUGGACGUGGAGAGUAAACUGACGACACAUCACCGAGCGCCGUGGCAUCAGCAGAGGAACGUCCUCCACCCGUCCACCAGACCAGCAUGUGUGGACGAGCUCCACAGACGAGCCGAGCUCAACCUGUGGAUGCUGCACCGAGAUCAACAGAGAGGACGAUCAGGCAGCAGCGAGCACAGAGUGACCAUCUCCAUCUCGGCCGUGCCGCCGAUGCCCCUGUACCCUUCUCCUCACCUCAGAGCCACGGGUUUAACCACGUUUGAAUCCACACGCUCCUCCUCCCCCACCGAAUGUUGUCGCUUAUCUCCCUGGAGCAGAAAGGCCACGCCCUCUGACCCCGACACUGACGGGGUGACUCUAGGUCACCGGUCUAAGUUUCCCAUCCCUAACGCCCCGUCCACGCUGGACAAGCAGACUAACUGGUCCAAAGCUCUGCCGCUGCCCACGCCUGAGGAGAGAAUGAAGAGCGAGUCUCAGGUCAUCGGCUCGUGUGUCGUCCCCAUUAAUGUGACCGGCGUCGUCUUCGACAGAGAUGCCAGUGUCCGCUGUUCACUCGUUCACUCUCAGUCUCUGCUUCAGAGGAGGAGGAAGCUGAGGAGACGCAGGACGGUCACCGGUGUCCCCCGACAGCUGCAGCACGAUCUGGACUCUGACGAGUCUCCAGGGUCCAGAGAGCGGACAGUGAUCGUCCACUCCAGUCCAGACAUCACGCCCUCUAACGAGGAGCUGGACUGUCACCUCAGCACCAGAGACUCGGGCUGCCAGACCGAGGACUUCCUGAUCUCAGGGGCGCCGUCUCGCAGGAGGAUCAGGACUCAGAGGGUCCAGGGAGGCGUCUCCCUCUCUCGCUCUGCAGGAAACAUCUCGUCCCUGACGGAGCGCACCGACGCCAUGUUCACCGCCUCUCUGGAGGCACAGUUGCGCUCCAGGAGUCUGCCCCGAGACGCCAGCAGGAUCCUGGACAGCGGACGCAACAACAGCGACGAGGAGGAGGAGGAGGAGGAGGAGGACUUCCUGCCCGCUCCGGGGACGUUACUUCUGAAGGACGAGGAGGAGGAGAGCAUGGACGAGCAGGCCAGUGGUCUGACGUAUCAGCACCUGUCUGACAGUCCGGAGCACAUCUGGAUGGAGCGGACGUGCGAGAUCUCGUCCAGCUCCGACACCUUCAGCAGCCCCGUCCACUCCGUCUCAGCCGCCGCAGCGCUGACCGGACACAUGGACCACAAGGACGACCACCAGUCCUCCAGCGGGAACUGGAGCGGGAGCAGCUCCACCUGCCCCUCCCAGACGUCAGAGACCCUCCCCCCCGCCUCGUCUCCACCCCUCACCGGCUCCUCCCACUGCGACUCGGAGCUCUCCCUGAACGCCGCCACCCACAACAACGACGACCCCGCCGGCUUCAUACUGGACCACUACCAGGGCCUGAGGACCCAGCGGACCGGUUCCUUCUCCUCCACAGCCAUGGACAUCUUAGAGGAAGCAGGAGUGAGCCCUCCACUGGAGCAGGAGUGGAACUACACCCGCGUCGAGCCGCCGCGCUUGCAGGACUUCAGCCCCGAGCCGAGCCUGGGCUGCCCGAGCUUCACCAGCAUGGUCACGUGUGAGAGCAGCUUCUCCGACAAGCCGCCGUCAGAGAAAGCAGACACGGUGUCGCAUUACUCUGUGGACACCGAGGGCUACUACACGUCCAUGCACUUCGACUGCGGCCUGAAAGAGAGCAGGAGCUUCACGUAUAAUAAUAAUCAUAACUACAGCCUGUCGGACCUGAGCGGUCACAUGACUCUGACCAGACGCUGUCUGUCUUUGAGGAAACCGAAGGCCAAGCCGUCACCGCCGAAGAGGAGCUCAUCGCUGAGGAAAAUAUGCAGCGAGGAAAACUUCCCCGACCACGAGGAGCCAAAGAUCUCAUGCGGGCAACAACUCCCGUCCUCGUCCACAGAGAGGAGGCUGCAGCUGGUUUUACCCGGCGCUGCGGGUCACAUGGAGAACUCCUCCUUCUCCUCAGAGCCAUUCGUGGUGUGGGGGGUGGAGGACGGGCCGGACUUUGGCGCUUUCCGCUCCACAGACGCUCAUUCCUUUAAGGACGAGGGCGUGGUCCAGUCGGACUACGCAGAUCUGUGGCUGCUGAGCGACUUCAAGUCCAGCGAUCCUUACCGGUCCCUGUCCAACUCCAGCACGGCCACGGGGACGACGGUCGUCGAGUGCGUCAGGUCGCAGGAGGCCUCCGAGUCGCAGUCCGGCUCCAGAGCCACCACUCCCUCACUCCCGUCAGUUGAGGGCGAGUUCAGGCUGACAUCACCGGAGAAGCUGGGCGGCCUCGCCAGCCCGUCCAGCGGCUACUCCAGUCAGUCAGAAACCCCCACCUCCUCCUCCUUCCCCUCCGCCUUCUUCCCCGGCCCGCUGUCGCCAACCGGCCGCAAGAGGAAGCCCAAAGUCCCCGAGAGGAAGUCGUCUCUCCCCUCCCUGUCACUGCACCGGGACGCCAACGCGGCGACGAAGAGGAACCUGGAGCUGCCCAUGAUCCCGCCCUCCCACCUCGACCUCAGCGUCCUUCACUGCAUCAACAAGGUCUCAGAUUACAGGACUCAGAUCCAGAUCCUCCACCAAAACAAACAGAAACCUGCAGUAACAGCCAAACCUGAGGCGUUUAGCCCCGCCCACACCAUGACCAUCACGCCCACAGUGCUUCACUCAGUCCAGCUACGGUCCAUCGAGGACAAAACGCCAAAAUGUCCCACGUCACAUCUGCAUCACACGUCGUCAGAGGAGACGUUUAUGUCGCCGUCAGAAGACGACGCAGCGAGACACCAACAGGACGGAGACGACGCCGUCUUAGAGAGCGCGGCGGCGCACGAGCUGCGGUCAGAACCGCUGGAUGUUUGUGACGUGACCACAGGUCAGGAAGAAGACGUGUGCAGAGAGACGAGGACAGAGACGUGUGAAGACCACGUGUGUUUGUCUUCGGCCGCUCUGCUCAGCUCUGUGAGGAGAUCGGACAGCGUGGAAGCACCUGCUGCUGCUGACAGCCCAUUACAGGAGACGCACGUGAGCGCCAGGUGUUUCCAUGACGACGACGACAACAGGGACGACGAAUGCGAGUCGUCGGGUGUCUCUGCUGAAAGUUCCUCGAAGGACGAGAAGGACGAGUCCAUGCUGGGGACAGAAGACGAUUUCACUCAAGAGUCCACUCCCAGUGAAACCGACUCCAGGUUGGAGGACGACGGCGUGUUUCUGUCGCCCACCAGAAGUCGCACCACGGAGGAUCUGUUCGCGAUGAUUCACAGGUCCAAGCGGAAAGUGUUGGGUCGCAAAGACUCGGCCGAGGUUGCCGCGAGGAACCGCCUCAACGCUGCGUCAGCGAGCAUGCCCCCCGGUGGCAGCACCUGCGCCCCGAGCUCCCCGCUCUCCGCAGCGUUGCCUGCCUCCUCCGCCACGACGCCGCCGGGCCUUCAGCGGGUUUCCGGACCGAUCUACAGGAACGCCAAGAAGUCCAGCACGUCCAACGAGGAGUUCAAACUGCUGCUGCUGCGGAAAGGCAGCCGCUCCGACUCCAGCUACCGCAUGUCAGCGACCGAGAUCCUCAAGAGUCCGGUGACACCGAAGUCCCCCGCAGAUUCUCUGAUCGAGUCGCCACGGCAACCCGAUGAUGACGACGACGACGACGCCUCGCCGUCGCCAUCGCCGCUGAGCUCAGAUCAGCUGUUCUUCCCCAGAGCCAAUGCUGAAGGUUUCUCCCCGAAAUCCUUCCCCGUGUGCGCCGCGUCACGUCAGGGUCGCUCCAGAAUCCCGCCGCCCGCCAACAGCAGCCGCUAUGGCGCCCGCUCCAGACUUUACUCCGCCCCCAUGCAGGCGAUUUCAGAGGGCGAGACGGAAAACUCCGACGGGAGUCCUCACGACGAGCGGCCGGCGCAGGGGUCCACGUAGACAACUACAAGAGUUGGUAUGAAAUGAUGUUUUUUUAGUUUAUGGACGUUUGAAUAUUUAUGAAAGAAAAGUUUGUUUUUCUGUGAAUAAUUAAAAUAUUUUAUAUAUAAAUAUUAUUUCUUGAAAAACCACUUCAUUGAGGAAAUAAGUAGAUUAAAGGUGCAUUCACACGAAUAAUCUGCCCACCCUCAAAAUAACCAUGUCUUUUUUGUAAUGGAGAUUUUUCAUCGUUUCAUUCAAACAACAACAAACGUUUUGACACAAAGUCACCACAGAAGGAGGGGGCGGGGCUAAAAGUGAGCAAGGACGUGAGUUUACGUGGAGUAAACGCAGUGCGAUAAAUUGUGUGAAUGCACCAGAAGAACUGUUUUAUUUAUCGUCUGUGUUUUAUUUUGUUUUUUAUUAAAAUAAUGAUUCACAAACAGAAAUAAUUCCACUUUCACAGAAAAAAAUCUGGGAUCACUAAGCUCCUCCCACCACGCGAGCACAUGCUUCGCAACGACAUCGUCAUUUUCUUUUCAGAGUUACCGAUGUUGGAUUGCGUCUUUUCCUCGAAAAGGUACUUUACUUUUACUUUGUAGAACAGCCACAGCUUUUAUUUUGGUAAAUUCAAAGUCUAACAAUUUUUUUUUAGUUUUUGUUUUUUUUAAUCAAAAUGUAAUUUUACGAACAGAGAUGGUUUUUAAACGUAUGAAUGAAUGAGUUCAUCAAGGCUCCGUGUUUGGUCCAAUCAUUUUUAUCCAACGCUGUUUUAGUCUCAAUUUUUACAUUUUCUUUACAGUGUAGAAAGUCGUUAUUUAUGCGAACGUUUACGUGCAGCUGCUUAGUCGAACAGCCAAUAGGAGGCGCCCUUGCUCUCUCUGUAUGUGAACUGCGCUCUGAUUGGUCAAAGUUUCUGUCUGUAGGAGGAGCCAGAAGAGCUCCAACUUUCUCCGAUUGACUUGAUUUUCAUGAUGAUGAAUUUGUUAUUUUUGACACAUGUUACGUACCCCAGCUUUAACACAACAUCCAUUGAGUUUAUGAAGCCAUGAAUCAUAAUCCUUUCACCUUUUUCUUCCAACACAGUUUCUGGAAUAGACUUUUAGAUUUUUUAAUAAAUAUCGUGAAAAUUGGAAAAUAUAUGUUUAUUAACUACAGAUACGAUUUUUUUCACACAGAAAAGUUUCUCACCAACAUAACAACAGAGUGAUUUAUCUUGUGCCACAAGGGGGAGCCAUUGUCCUCCAAGUCAUUCCAGGAUCUGAUGAUUUUAUAACCAUGUUAUUUACAAAAUUUAAGAUAAAGUGAUUUUAAUACGUUUUAGAGACAUUUUUAAAAGUGUUGUGCAGAUUUUUACAAUUAUCGCAAUAAAUAUCACUAUAAUUAUGACAUGAAACUCCGCCCCCUCUCGUUGGCUGUCUGGUCAAAGCUCCACCCCAAAAAACAAGGCAAAGUCGUAAUUUUUGUAAAUUUUCCUAAAAAAGUAAAAGUUUCCUUUGGUUCCGUAUGUUCGUACAUUCGUACGUUUACGGUUAAAAUCUAAAACAAUGAUGUAGAGAAUGGAGAGAAGGCUCCGCCCACAUCUGUGAAUUAAUUUAAAAAAGCAACUAUUGUAAUAAUAUCAUGAAUCGCAAAUUAUUUCUCUCAGGAAAAUCUGAAGUGAAAAACUAUGCAACACACAAUAAUGUAAAUUUACGAAAGUUAUGGAAACCAAAACUAUUUUGAAAAAUUGCGAUUUUUCAACGUUAAGCUCAUGUCCCUCAGUGUUUUUCUUAAGGUAAUUUUAUCCAAUUUCUCAUGCAAUAACAGAACGUCUCCGGAGACGAGGACCGAAAAAGUCGCAGGUUGUGAGAGAACGUGAAGUCACAUGAUCUUAAGGCAGGGUUUUUUUAUUGCCGUGAUUGGAGGAGGCGAAAGGAAAGUGUUCAGGAAGAUCAAAUAAUUAACGAAGAGACAGGAAAGGGAUCGUUCAGGGUUUUUGAAGUAUCAUCAGAGCGAACUGUGCUGCCAACGUGGAAACAAGGAAGAACUUCACAAAAGACUUUAAUAAAAUCCAUGAUAUCUACGUCACAUGUUCACGUCUUUAUCUCACUGUCAGACAGACUUUUCCAACAGGAAAGUGAAGUUUGUAAACCACUCACUCUCCCACACCAAAGUCCAGAGAGAAAGUCAGUGAUUUUAACAUCACACACACAGGAGCUGUUGAUCCACUGCUGCCUCCAUCACUACGUUCAGAUGUGUGAUUUUGAAGAGUGAGUGUUUCUUUCUCUGUGUCUCUGGCUGCUUCUCAGCAGCAGGGGGCGCUCACAGCACAGUCAGCUCUGACGAUGAGUCGUUAUCUGGCAGGUCGAGUGUUUCUCAGUUUGGUCGGAGGAUGUUUUUGUGUCGCGUUACUUUUUAUCGCUGUUUUUAUUAAAGAAACAGUGGUGGAUUCUUUGAAUUCAGUGUAUUUAGUUUACCAUGGUCCUUGAACGCAUCUCUCACACACACACACACACAGAGGUUUCCUGACACCUUGAGAGGCAAACUGUUGCGUAUUGGACCUUAAAUCUAUUUUUUUUAACUCAUAAGCUAAGAAAUAAAUAAUUCCACAUAUUUACAAAUCUUUUAUACGUAACAUGACUUUAUAUUUGUCGUGAUUUUUUUAUGCAAAGCUGAUAAAAUCUACGUUAGCCAUAAAACAAGAACAACAAUAAUAACAGGGUACGCAUUCCAAUGUUUUUCUUUCUUUUUUCUUGCACUGAUGAAGUGACGUUGCAGAUUUUUUAUUAACGUGAAUUUGUCUUUUUGACGUAAACGACGUUGAGACUGAGAACUUUUACGUUAACGUUUGUAACGUUAAAUCGUAGAAGGUGACGUCAGACAUACGUUUAUGUUUUACUGUAGUUUUUUUCCCUUUUUUGUACAAACUUGUAAAUAAAAGAAGUUUUGAAAAAACUUUUGUCACGGAAGUUUGUUUUGAUUUGUUUUUUAUGUAAAAAAAAUCAAAUGUUUACAUGAAUUUCAAACCUUUGUAUAUUUCUGAGCUUUGAACUUUGUCCUGUAUUUAUUUUAUGAUUUUUUUUAAGUUUAGUUUAGCGUUGAUGAAAUUUGUUAGUAAAAAAUCCUGCGAACACAAACUGAGCAAACGACAAUAAAUGUGACUGCUUUGAAAAUGA